AUGCAUCUCACUGCUUCUGCUUCUGUUAUUUUAGCCUUCCCCCUCGGCUCUCUGGCUCUUCAUGCUAACGGCCCAACCCUUGGUGUUACCCUGAGCCAGCUACACAACACCCAAAUCAAGGCUGUGGUCAAGAACACCGGCACUGAAGAGGUCACAUUUGUACAUCUCAACUUUUUCAAAGAUGCUGCACCUGUCAAGAAAGUUUCCGUCUACCGCAAUGGUAAACUCUCUGUUUCCCAUGAAUUGAUAUUUCCUGACCCUGGGUUCUCGACAGCCACCGAAGUCCAGUUCAACGGGAUCAAGCAGCGCUUCCGUACCGAGGGCCUCACUAUCGAGGCCCUGACCACCCUCGCACCCGGUGCCAGUUACGAGGACGAGUUUGACAUUGCCAGCACCGCCGACCUCACAGAGGGUGGCAUAGUCACCCUUCGCAGUGAGGGCAUCGUUCCCGUGGCCACGGACAAUAAGAUCGUCGGCUACAUCCACUACUCCUCGAACGAGAUUGAGGUCGAGAUAGACGCUGCAAAGGCCGCCACUGUGCCCCCAAGCGUCAAGCCCCUCGACCGCCGCACAAAGGUCACCUCAUGCUCUGGUAGCCGCGCCACGGCCCUUGCCAAGGCCCUCCGAAACGCGGCUUCUCUCGCCAGUGCUGCCGCCAGCGCUGCUGCUACGGGACCCUCCUCCCGCUUCGCAGAAUACUUCAAGACAACCUCCAGUAGCACGCGCAGCGUCGUAGCGGCGCGCUUCCGAGCCGUCGCCAACGAGGCUAGGUCGCAGUCUUCCGGUUCAACCACCUACUACUGCACUGACCCCUACGGUUAUUGCAACUCCAAUGUCCUGGCGUACACUCUCCCCUCGUACAACGUCGUGGCCAACUGCGACAUCUACUACAGCUACCUCCCUGCACUAAGCAAAUCCUGCCACGCCCAGGACCAGGCCACCACCACCCUGCAUGAGUUCACCCAUGCCCCUGGCGUGUACUCGCCCGGUACGGACGAUCUAGGCUAUGGAUACGGCGCUGCUACGGGGCUGAGUGCUAAAGAUGCGCUAAAAAAUGCGGAUACGUACGCACUGUUUGCUAACGCCGUAUAUGUCAAAUGCUAG